GGCAAGAUUAAAAAACAACCAGUUGUUUAAAGACGAUCAGACUUUCCUCAACAGAUUUUUCCCUCCUUUUUUUAAUAAACAUAAAUUGUAAGCAUAGCACACUAUUUUGAACAAACAAAUCAGCAAUGAAAUUGAGUGUCGGUAUAUUUUUUGGAGGGUUAUUUGGAGCUCUAGGAAUUUUGUUCUUUUUAGUGGCCUUUGGAACAGACUACUGGUUACUUGCUACAGAAGUUGGAACGUGUUCAGACGGUCUGAAUGAGACCAUGGAAGAGAAGAUUAUUUUCCACCAUGAAGGUUUCUUCUGGAGGUGCUGGUUUGAUGGGAAGAUACAUAAUAAUCAUAACAGCAUGUGGAAGUUUUGGUAUACUAACCAGUCACCUUCCAAAAACUGCACCCAUGCCUACCUCUCUCCAUUUCCCCUCCUCCGAGAUGAGCACAAUUCAACUGCCUACGACUCUGCCAUUAUUUAUCGUAGCUUCUGGUCUGUUCUAAUGCUACUGGGAGUAGUGACGGUGAUCGUUGCAAGCUUUCUCAUCAUCUGCGCUGCGCCAUUUGGGAGCCACGUGCUAUACAAAGUAGGCGGAGGAUUUUUCAUCACUGCUGGUAUUUUGUUCACACUGGUGGUUGUACUGUAUGUCAUCUGGGUCCAGGCAAUGGCUGAUCUCAAAAACUACGUGAUUACGAAGAAAAUGGACUGUCCAGACUUUUCCCUCUAUGUGCGCUAUGGCUGGUCUUUUAUAUUGGCUCCAGUUGGAAUAUUUUUUGCUAUGUUUUCAGGAAUGCUGUUUCUUCUAGUAGGACGUACAAUUUACUUGCACUCUGAUUAGUCAGGUAUCUGAAAUACUGGACUCAUACUAAAGCUUUGCUGGAAAACUAUUUUUAUACUACACAAUCCCUCCUACAGUAGUGUUUGUUGGUGCUGUUUUAGAUCUGCUUUGGUGACUAGUGCAGUCCUGACACAUCUACUCAGAAGUAAGUUCAGUGUGGCUUUUUUCCAGGUACGAUGGUAUAGCCAGGUGGGGCAACAUGUGGCCCAUAAUUGGUAUAAAGGUCUGGCACCACUUGGCUGCCCCUGCCCCCAGAUUUCACAAAUUGCUGAGAUUUGUGACACCGGCAUUAAAACCCCCAGUGCUUUGCUGACCAGUCCAGACAGCUAAAAUGGCCAGAUUUAGCUUCUUCUGGCUAUUUUAGUCAGCAAAUCAGCAGGGCAUGUGCGGAAGUUGCUGCUGCCGCCAUCAUGGCAUAAAGCCCACAUUGUGAAGGGAUGGCCCUUGACCUCCUGAAGUUGGCCAUCCCUGAUGUAUAGGAUUAGAGCUUCGGUUUAUAUGUGCUUGUUGUAAAAGACAUGACACUCUUGUUUGAGGUAAUAACAUCAUCUUGUCCUUUCAGAUUCCUUCUUACCUUCAUGAGUACUUCCAGAUGUGGUUUUUCUUGUACAGCCUCCCUGUCUCAUUCAUGGAAUUAUAUAGGGUGUCCUGUGUUUUCCCACCGUCUUCCACCUUGUUUUGUAUCACCAUCCGUCUUAAGAAAGAAGGAUGGAAUAGUGGCAUACUCUGUCUUGAAAUGCCUCCCCUCAUCCUUAUUGAAGACAACCUAUAGUGUAUUUUGCAACUUUAUCUCUGUGUUGAACAUACAACAAAAAAUAAUACAAGUAAGAAUUAGAUUUUGUCUGAGGUCCAGUUCAACAAUUACCAGCACUAUGAAGGAAACUUUGUGGGCAUUUAAGGACGCCUUGCUUUCUUCCCAGAUAUAUUAGCCUUCCAAAUAUAUAAAAUAGAGUAACACAGGUGAUGGCCACUGGAGAUGCAAAAGGUGGUAUAAUGUGGAGACCCUUUCAAUAUUUUCCUCCGUUCAGCCUGAAACAUCCUUUCGGUAAAGCAAGACCUUCUGCCACAAAUCAGGCCUCUUCAAGGACAAGUACUUUGCUCGUUUGCUCGUAGCCAUGAUUGCUUUUACUUGAGCUGACAGGCCUGGAUUUGCCCAUUCCUUUUUACAAAGGAAAAACUCUGUGUGCUGAUCUAAGAACGUUCAUUGCCAAUAAAUGAGGUGCAAUUGUUGAUGCAGGUUAGUUUUGCAGUGGUACAGUAUCUUGCUGGGGGAAUGAGGCAGGGCAAAUACUGCGUAUUGUGAUGUACAUGUGCAAAACCUAACCUGUUUCCAGGGAGAAAGAACCUGCUUCAUCACCCUGAUAAUAAUCUGGGUAGGAGUGAGCUUAAUUACACAUGCUCCCUCAAUUAGGAAAGUAGUGUGUAAAUUGGUCCUGAGAGAGGUGCUUGCGUAAAACAAAUGCUGCACAGCAUACCGUAGUCCUUAUUCUGUCUAUUUGUUUCAGUACUCAGCAUUAGCUUUAAUAUGAGCACACAUUUUUGUUUUUAAAAAUAGAGUACAGUUGUCCAUGUAAUACUUUAGCCAAUGUGACAGUACAAAAGAUGAUGUCAAUGGAAUUGUGCUUUGAGGCUGUUAUGAAUGUGCAUAACAGCUUGAAUACUUCCAUGUGGUCCAAAAUCAUACACAGCCAGUGCAAAUAAACUGGAACAUUUAUGGGUCAUCUGGCCCACUUCUCUGCAACAACAGACUUGAAAAGUGAUGCAUGGUUUUCUGUUUUUGAUUAUAGAGUUUUUUUUAUUUAUUUUUUUGCCUUUUGCUGAAAUGUAUGUCUUGACCUGUAAGUGGGACUACUCAGUUCAUGAGCCACCAUUUUUGUGGUGAACCUGCUCUUUUCUUGCAGCACACAUAGAGUGGAAGAAGGAAAAUGAAUAACCAUGGGAUAGAUAAGUGCCUCGAAACUUACCACGUGGAACUUACCUGAAGCCUCUGACAAUGUGCAAAGUUCAUCACCCCCAUUCACAGCUGAGGAACAGGGCCAAUGGUAGCUAUAGACACCCACCAGUAGGUGCACCUUCUCAUAGUUCAUCUAUUCCCAUCUCUCUCACAUACACGCAGUUAAUAGGAAGCCGAUGGGAGAAUCGGUCCUGCUGUGCAGUCAGGACUAGCACCAGGAUUUUGGCGUGCUUGAGCAACUGUUGAGGCCUACCCUGAUUCCAUGUUAUUUUUUUCUCUCAGACCACCACCCUGAGUAGCACUAGGUGGCUGGAGGAGGCUACCCUGUUAACUUCCUACAGUGCCCCAGCAUAGUGCUGAUUUGGGAUAUUAUGGGAGUUGUAAAGGGUGGUCUGCAAGAACUGAGCAGGGCAGCCAGAAACAGGACAUUCUGGAGGGCAUUCAUGCAUUGAAUCACUAUAAGUUGGAGCUGGCUUGACAUCACCCAGCAGCACUGGGUGAUCAGAGCUGUAGCCAGCCGUCCAGUGCUGCUUGGAUCCCUGCCACAGAAGCCCAUGUUGUCCAGUCACCCCAGAAACCUGAAGCCAGCCCUGCUUGUGUGUUUAGCCACAUGAGGUUCCUUUUAUUCUCAUUCUUGUAACUCUGCAACAAUCCAGUUUUUCUCCUUUAAAACCACCCUGAAAAUAAACUUUCUACAAGUUUACUGGGAAUUUUUUUUCUAGACUCUACCUCUUAAGUCCUGUCCUGAUAAUCAAUCUGUAUCUACGAUACUAAUAGAAUUUCCUCUUUCUGCUUGUUUCCUGUCCUGCAAUGUUUCUGGGUGCAGUUAAAACCCAUACAAUUUACUUGUAUGCAUAUUUGGCAAAUCUAACCCAAGCCAGGAAUGCCUUAACUCCCUCUCCUAGUGGCCACUUCACUGAAAGGAAUGGGAGUCCUAUUUGCAUGCAUCAGAACAAAAUGUUGAGCUCCAGGAUUUAACUACAUGCUACAUCAGCCAGGAGAAGUGAUUAACAACUGAAAGUAUCUCAAAUCAACAUCCUGAUAAUAUGGGCAGAUUUCAGAGAUAAAAUUCUUACCUCAACAUUUGCCUGCAAUACAUAAUUGGAUUUCUUAAAAUAUAUAUCUGUAUAAUGACAUAUGUUUUCUAUGAAAAAUGGCUGUGUACGUUCUUUUUUAAAUACAAAGUUAAUUCAG